CAGAAAUGGUUUUUUAUCUUUUCUUUGGAAGUAUUCGCCUACGUGAUAAGAACCUGCAUUAACCAUAGGCAGACGUCUGUAUUGUAAUGAUCCCUUUAUAAAGGCUUAAUAAAUCAUGAAAGGACUGGGUUAGUCUAAUCUCAUUAUGUCAGAUCAUGACAAAUCCAUGCUGAAAUUUUGUUUCAAAAACUUUAGAUAUUUUAUAGAUUUUUGUAGAUGUGUAAAACAUUUAAUUUGAAGUACUCUUUCUGUUCCCAUAGGUCAACCCGGUGCACUCACAAACACAACCUUCAGUUGACUCAGUACACUUUCUCGUGCCAUCCUGCCAUCCAACCUCCUCAUCCUAUCUUCAGAGCAUCGACCUUUCUCACCAUGUCCGACCAACCCACCCAGUCCUACCAUGAAGGGGCCUAUAAGUCCCUGAUGAGAGGCUUGACAGAGCUGAACAUCCUUGUGGACAGUGUUCCCUGUGAGCUGGUGCUGAGUGGAGACCAUGCCUUUCCUUUGGCAAUGAACAGCCAAGGCCAGGUCCUGAUGGCGGCCUCUCUGUACGGCAGUGGAAGGAUUGUGGUCCUGAGUCAUGAGUCCUACCUGACCCUCUUUCCUGCUCUGGUGGAGAACGCAGUGACCUGGCUGAGAGGAGAUGGAUCUGAUAACCUGUCUGUCGGGGUCCACAAUAGCGCCAAGUGGGUCGCUAAAAACCUCAGCAAGUCCGGCUUCAACGUCCAAGUUGUUGGGAAAUUCAGUGACAGUGCUGGGGUCGGUGUGUAUGUGACUGAUGCCUACAGCGUGGCUCCAGACGCAAAUGACCUGGUGGCGUUUAUGAAAGCUGGAGGAGGAGUGCUGAUAGGCGGGCAGGCGUGGCACUGGGCUACAAGUCAUCCUCCCGAGACCACAAUUCUUCAAUUUCCAGGGAAUAAGGUGUCUGGUGUAUCAGGGAUCAACUUUACUCCAUAUUAUGGGACGGCAGAGAUCCUGCCUGUUCCCCCUCACAUCCCAUCCUCAUGGAUGGCUUUACGUGUUGGUAAAAAUUUUGAGGAUGACUGGAAGUCCUUACUACAGGGGGUUUCAGAGUUUGACCUCGGGCGUGAUUUAGUGGCUUCUGAGGUUCUGGUCCACGGCCCACUAGCCUUCCCCAUUGGUACCACUGAGGAUGGGCGAGCGUUCCUGGCUGGAACCUACUAUGGGAAGGGACGAGUCAUUGUGAUUGCACAUGAAGCUCCUAUGUCAUCAAAGGCACUGUCUUCAUUUUGGAACAAUGCCAUUGGUUGGUUGGACCAAGGCCGGAAGGGGGUUGUUGGUGUUGUGCCAGGGCGCGGCUAUCUCAGCCAGUCAGGGUUACAGUAUGAGGAGACAGAGUUCAGGAAAGACCUGAGUGUGUUUGUUUGUGACGUGUACAGCGACCAACACAUGGAGGAAAUCCAAGACUUUGUAGCAGAGGGAGGAGGCCUGCUGAUUGGUGGACACGCAUGGUACUGGGCACAGACUCAUCCUGGGCGAAACCCAAUGACUGAUUUCUUAGGAAACAAAAUCCUGAACAAAAUGGGUUUAAGCCUGUUGGCAGCAACGAUUAAAGAAGAUACCUACAAGGCCACAAAGGAAACAUACCACUUUCGCCAGUUUCUGCAUUCCUUUGUUGGUCAUCUUACCAAGGGCACAACACUCACCGAGCAGGAUGAGGAAAAGCUUGAAAAACUGGAGUCUGGGUGCAUCAACUUCUUGAACAUGAAGGCCUAUGAUAGCUACUCCUACACACAGGUGCUGACCAUCCUCACUGACAUGUUGAAGUCCCACAUGCCACAGGUGAGUGAGAACAACCCUGUGAAGACUCCCACGGACCACCUACUCCUCAGUCUCGGGAUAGAGGUAUAUAAUGUGUCCCCAGAUCGUGAUGCUCUCCUGCCGUACCUCAUCCAUGAUGCCAAGAUGCCUUUUGUCUACAACCGAAGGCUCAGGAUUAAUGCUGACACAGCAGGAUCGGCCGAGUGGAUCAGUACUGGCCUGUACCUCUCGCCGGGUUUGAAGACUGAGAUGAUCAUGCCAGCAGAACUCGUCAACAAGAACUGGAUGGUUCAGAUUGGUUGUCAAUCAGACUAUCUGAAGCAUGAAGAGUUGAAGAGAGCACCGCGUGUUCAUCAGACAUUUCUCGUCGACACGGAAAAGAUGGAGGUGUGGAACCUGUGGGGGGGACUCAUCUACCUGGUGGCUCCACCCAACAUGAAGGUGGAGGGGGCAGAGGUCAGAGUGCAGAUAGCCACUCCUGCUCCUUAUUAUAAGUGUGGUGUGACCACAGCAGAUGAGUGGCCGUCGCUGCGCACAGCUCCUGCACCCUGGGCAGAGUUUGAGUUUGACAACAUCGUCCUUACUGUCCCAUCAGAAGUUAUUCGAGGCCUGGAGCGCCCUGAUGAGGUGGCAGGGCUCUGGAAUGACAUCAUGAAGGGAGUUGCAGAUCUGGCUGUCAUACCACGAAAGUUUGAACGCAAAGAGCGCAUUGUUGCAGAUGUGCAGAUUUCUGCUGGUUGGAUGCAUGCUGGUUAUCCUGUAAUGAUGCACUCAUCUAAAGCAUCUGAACUGUUCAGACUGAAUGAUGCCAGGACCAAAGGCCUGUGGGGAGAAAGUCAUGAACUGGGACACAACCAACAGAGAAGCAACUGGGAGUUCAGACCACACACCACAGAGGCAACAUGCAACCUGUGGUCAGUGUAUGUGCAUGAAGAGGUGCUGGGGCUCAACAGGGCAAAGGCUCAUGAAGCUUUGACCUUAAAAGAGCGGAAGGAACGUGUAGAAAAGUACAUCAGGGAGGGCAGGAACCUCAGCAACUGGAAAUUGUGGGUGGCCCUGGAGACAUACCUGCAGCUCCAGGAAAGGUUUGGCUGGGGUGCCUUUAAGGAAGUGUUUGCUGCCUACCACGAGAUGAGCGGUGUUCCUACUGACAACGACGGAAAGAUGAACCUGUAUGCUGAGACGUUCUCCAGGGCUGUGGAGAUGAACCUGUGUGGAUUCUUUAAGGCCUGGGGCUGGCCCAUAACCAGAGCUACUGAGGAGAUCCUCUGCAGCCUGCCUCCCUGGAGGGACCACCCCAUGGUCUAAUAUCACUCAACUCACAAUGCUGCUGAUUGAAGUUGUUGAGAGAUGUUUGUCCAUUCAUAAUCAGGAAUAGGAUUGUAAACUCGGCUUAUUUCAGUAAUUAUAGUGUUUAGGUGAGUGGGCUUUAAACUCUAAAAUAUUCAUCAAUAUGAGCGACUCUUUUCACAUUAUAUACAGUCAUUUAGCCCACUGUAAAUGAAUAAAUGCUGAUUAUUGCAGCUUUAUUUUUUGCAGCAACACGCAUUCAUUCAAGUAAUUAAGUAAUUCCUGGGUCUUCUUGCGGGUCACAUCCUUAAAAUAUGUAGAUGUUUCUGUUGUGGAUCAGUACACUGUCUUUCUUCUUCAACUUCCUUGUUCUGUCGUAAUGCUUUUACUUUGUGUUUCUCUGUGUGUAUACAGCAGUGUUGGAAGAAGUAUUCAGAUCCCUUACUUAAGUAAAUCUACUUGUUUGGGAGGUAACUGAGCAGGGCUAGCUCUUCCAGGUUUUUUAGCAGUAAC